AUGUUCCACGGCACCAGCGUUGCCAGUGCGCGUUUCAUCGUUACCCAUGGUUUUCAGCCUUCAACAGGCGGCAUGCUGGGAAAGGGCGUGUAUGUGAGCCGAGACAAGAAAAAGGCCGCGCACUAUCCGCUGAACAGUAACCCCAACGACCGCAUGAUCUUCGAGCUGCGUGUUCGCGUUGGCCGGGUCAAGCGAAUCGACCAGGACAACCACCCUUUGCAGUACACCUGGAGCGCAAAUGGCUACAACACUGCCUGGGUGCCCCCCAACUGUGGCAUGAAAUCUGUGCCCAGCGGCAUGGAGGAGGAUUGUGUGUUUGAUCCCAAAAGAGUGAAGGUGGUCGGCAUUGUAAAGGUGGUCUACGACGAUGACCCUCAUCGGUUGGAGCUGAAGGCCUCCCAGGAACCCAAAGAUCGAGGCGUCUACACCAUGUACCAUGGCACCAGCGUUGCUAAUGCACGUCUCAUCGUCGCCAAUGGCUUUAAGCAGUCACCAAAGGGCAUGUUGGGAAACGGCGUGUACGUAAGCCGUGAUAGGAAAAAAGCCGAACGCUAUCCUCUGAACAGCCCUUCGGAUCGCGUGGUGCUCGAGUUGCACGUCCGUGUUGGCCGUGUUAAACGUAUAGACAUCGACAACCAUCCUAUGCAGUACACCUGGAACUCGCAGGGCUACGACACCGCUUGGGUACCCCCCAACUGCGGCAUGAAAGCUGUGCCCAGCGGCCUGGAAGAGGACUGUGUGUUUGAUCCAAAGAGGGUGAAGGUGGUGGGCAUUGCUAAAGCACCAGACAAUGUUCUGGUAGAGCUGAAACAACUUGUCACCAAGAGUCUUACAAACACCAGCGGAGAAGACGAUGGUGCGGCAUCGUACAUCGGUGACGCAGCAGAUAUGUGCUCGCUGUGCAAGAGGAAGCAACAGCAGAGUUCUCCACACACCAAGCUACGAUGUUGGGGAUGUGGGCAAAACAUCUGCACACUAAUGAUCAAGCAUGUCUGUUCAGGGAGAUUUUAA